CUGCCUCCCGAGCCCGAUCUCACAUCAACUCGAAACCUUCCAAUUCAGAACGCAACUUCCAAUGGCGGCGGAGCCCACCAAAAACGACGCCCACGUCGUGGAGAUCCCGGUCACCGGCGACGGAGCGGAGCCAGCCAGCGGCGCGUUCCCCGGCAUGGCGGCGUCGGGGCACCACCCGCUGGGCGAGAUCGCCGACAGCGGGGGCCACCUGCUGCUGCUCAAGCUGUGGCAGCGGGAGGAGUCCCGCCUGAACCGCCGCGCGUGCGCGCUCGAGGCGGUCAUGGACGCGGCGCGGCGGGACGCCUUCUACCUCUGCGCGGCCUUCCUCGCCCUCCACGGCCUCUCCCUCGCGCUCCUCUUCGCCGCCUCCGUCGCGGGCGGCGCCCCGUCGCGCGCCUGCAGGAGGUGGUGGGCGCCCUCGUCCCUCUCGCUGGCCGCCUCCCUCGCGCUCGCCGCGGCCGUGCAGCUCCACGUCUGCGCCUACUGGCGCGCCGCGCGGCGGCUGCGGCGGGAGCGCGGCGACGCCCGGGCCCUCGCGCGGUGCGUGCAGGAGCUGCGGAUGAAGGGCGCGUCCUUCGACCUGUCCAAGGAGCCGCAGUGCGGGGUGACGAGGACCAACUGCGCCAGCGUCGAGGGCGCGGGGGCGUGGGGCCCGCUCCGGUGGUGCUACCGGAACGUCGUCACCGCCUGCCUCCUCGCCGUCGCCGCCGUAGCCUUGCCCUCCGGCAAGCUCAUCCUGUGCGCCUAGGACACAGCCGAUUCGAGUUUUCAGGUCGUAGGCUUCCUGGUGAAUUGAUUCGGAGGAAACGAUGUGCUUCUAGGGCCGCAGGCUUCAUGGUGUUAUUUGCAUAGACAGAACACUGCUUGUGCUCCGAUGAUCAGAGAAUUUCCAACAUUUUUUUCUCCGCCCCCAGAUGUACUCUUUGUAACGAUUCAAAGCUUAUUUGUAUGACCCAUUCAUAGCAGCUUAUAGUGAUCUAAACGUUUUUAUAUUAAUUUACAGAGGGAGUACAUUGUAUGGUUGAAAGUCUCCAUGUGCUCUUCAACUACGGAACUACGGAUUUAUACAUUGUUAUGGUUGAACCGGCAAGGGACAACCCAAUUCUCCCUGCAAACCUGUUGUUUUGAUGAUUACAAAACUAUGAAAGAAUAUGUUGGAUGAUC